AUGAAGUGGUGGGCAGUUCCCCUCCUCGGGGCAUCCGUUGCCUACGCCUAUCCCCAACUGCCUCAGCUUGGACGACGGAAUGGAACCUAUUCUUCCACGACCCCGUCUACAGCCCUCUCCGCCUCAGCUCAAUCUACAAGCAAACAGACCACAUUCGGGAAUAGCACGGGACUUUCGUCCUCUGUUUCGACAUCAGCCUCCAGCGCAGUCACACCAUCCCCUGUUGUUUCUGGUACUGGAGAUGUUGAUGUUGUUAUUGUUACAGCAACUGUGUCCUCGACAGUAUAUGAGUUCCCUACGUCCAAACUUGGUCCAAUUGCAACCCUCGCACCCGUCAUUCCAACGGACCAUGACAUGGGCCAUAUUGGCCAUCUUACCCCCCAUCCUCCUAACGCUGGAGCUGUGAUUCAUUAUGCACAAGAGAGCAACCCAGUGACAAAAGUUAAUCUUAGAACAGGCUCCUCUGCUGGCAUCUAUGCUGUUGUUACCCCGAGAUGGAAGGUCCCUUCCGUUGUCCUAGAUCAUUCCGCUAUGAUCACCAGUGUCGAAGUAUCUUCAAUGGGCAAUUUGAUCAUCAUUUUCCAGGACCUCAACUCAUUUGACCAUAUCGCAUCGAGCUGGGAUGCUAGCCAGGACAUAAUCUUCAUCACCUUCACCCUUGGCUGUGGUGACUAUGACAAGAACCAGCGCUGUUACUACCAGGCCGGGCAGCUCAUCUUCGAUAUCAAUACCCUUACCGUGGUGGCAAUUGGUCAGGCUCGUCCUAUCGGGGACGCCGCCCACGAUAUCAACGUUUCCUGGGGUACCUAUGGAGAUCACGAGGUCGUAUAUGGAUCAGGCCCAGGUGAAAGCAGUCCUACCGAUAACCCGCCAUCCCCAACUCCCGCGGCUACGGAACCCCCCCCUGCACCUACUACGACAGGCAAAUGUGCAGUACCUGCAGAUACCAAAUAUGGUCUUCCUACUGCUUGCUUGGGGCCCUACUUCGAUCAGGACCUAGAUGAUGGCCUUGGCUAUUUCAACGCUAGCGAUUUCUCGUUCGCUGACGACCUGGGUGAUGUGGAUCUGGAAGAAGAUUGGGAUACACCUGGCAUGCCCCUUCGGAGACGAGGAAUAUUAUUUGACAAGCUGAAGUCUACAGCGGGCAAGGCUUUCGAUAGUGCUAAGAAUGGGGUUGCCAAAAUUCAGUCGUCGGUAACGACCACAGUCAAGAACGCGAAGAAGGAUGUUAUCAAAGCUGGAGAAAGCAUUGUGAAGGUCACAGUGAAGAUCGUUGAGGUUGGCAAAGUCGCCGCUACUGUAAUCAAAAAUGCUAUCACCGGCACCCCAAACAUCUUCGAAAAAGACUUCGACAAACUCCUCCUACCUCGGCCGGCUAAGGAGUGUAAGGAAACCAAACGUGACUGCAAGCCGAUCGAUCCAGACUUGAAGGCCGUGAAGUCCCCUUGGGGGGAUGAUGCUAUUCUCCUCAAGUCCUUCGGAACCCCGCCCAAGUCAACCGAUUUACUCCCUGUUGGCGGCAAGAAGCAGACUACUAAACUUCGUGGCAAGUUUGUCAACAUCUACUGCGUCAAGUGCGGUCUGUCAGGAAACCUCAAGACCUCUGGCAAUAUUACUAUUGAGAACAUCAAAGGUAUUACUAAUGGUUAUGUGAACGCCGAUGUGGAUCUGACUAUUGGACUCGGGCUGGGCAUCUUUGCUCAGGAUAUUUUGACUAAGACCUUCCGAAACAACCUCUAUGACAUCCCGCUCUCGCCUUUUACCCUUGGCUUCGUGACAGUGGGACCUAUCCUCUCCAUCGGAACUGAGCUUCAACUCACAGCAAACGUUACAGGAAGUAUGCUUGCAAGGGCCGACGUUAGCCUUACCCGUGCAAAAUUUACAUACGACUGGAACAAGGGAGGCAAGAUGCUCGAGAAGAGCUUCAAGCCUCAAUUCAAGCCAAAGUUCGAAGCUGAAGGCGAGCUCACACUCUCCGCUCAAUUUGGUAUCCCGGUUGGUCUUGAGUUCGCUCUCACUACUUUCAACGGCUGCACACGAUGCAAAGGGUCAGUUGGUUUCGAGACCAUGCCGUCGGUCAAAGCCGCCGCCGCCAUUGGUGUCGAGGCAAGCGCCGGCGACAACAAAACCGCUUCGAUUGGUUUGAAGGCCAUCAACAAUUGUACCGGUAUAUCAACAUCGAUCAGCGUGAGGAAUGAUGUGAAGGCGGUGUUCAAAGGGUUCGGUCUUAUCCAGAAGAACUGGACCCUUCACGAAACCAAGGACUAUAUUCUUGCAUCGUACUGUAUUGGCAACAAAACCGACGGAACUGGCAACGCCAAGCUUGGCCUUCAUGAAAGGUCUCUUCCAGAAAUCUCGUACGACUAUACGAAGUACGACCGUCGCCAGAUCUCGAACACAUCAACAACGACCAGCUCAAACACCACGAACAGCACCUCCGUCGGGCUAGUCGACCUCACCGCGUAUGCCGUCAAUGAACUAGAUGACUACGGCUAUACCGGUUCCAACAUCCUCGCCAUUCCUUACGACCUUGACGAUGAGUCCUUCGAAGGCUACUGGUUCAGUACUCUUUCCGUCCAAGAUACCGACAACGAGUAUAUUCUUGCUUCCUGCAGCGACGGUAACGUAUACGUGCAAAAGAACUCCACGCUGAAUGAGCUCCCAUGGUACAUCACUUGCACAGCUCUCUGGGCCGGUUAUGAGGACGUAGUGCUCUCUACACCCACUGGAGGAGUCCUGCACUAUUACAACAACACCAUGUCCAAGGUGGGUGUCAGCCGUCUCCGCACCGCGGACGACAGUGCGCUCCCAGGAGAAUCCGUUUACGUCGCACUCGCUCCAUUCUACUACGAGGAUGACGAUGAUAGCGAUGAUGGACCAAGUCUCCUCGCCGCGGUAACUAAUGACGACAUCUUUUUCCCAGUGGUUUGCACAUACAAGGACUCGCAGUCCGCAAAGAUCUACCUUAUAACUUCCGACAUCGACGCAGGUAUCGAGAUGCUCAAGUCACCCGACAUAGAGUAUAGUAUUACGAACGGCGAGGUCGACGACUGCUACCUGCUCUCCCUCGGGAUCACGGAUCGCACCGAUGGGGACUGGGCUGAUUGGGAUGACGAUGCAGAGGAGAUGUAUAAUACGGAUGAGCUUGAUCUAGAGUUUGACGAUGACGUGUUCGACGAGGAGGGUAACCUGAUCUAUAAUCCGGAUGAUUACUUUGAGUUUGAAGGAGAAGAGCUUGAUUAUAGUACGUUGUCGUGGUUAGAGGAUGAUAUUGACUACUAG